CGCGUGGAGACAGGUACCGCGGCCAGUUCGCUGGUUCUGUUGCGAUUCUAAAUCGAAUUUCGCGGAGCAACUCUGGCCCGGACUCGGGCCAUUCUGCUCGAGGGUCGUGCGUGGUGGCCGCGUCCUCGAAGUGGAAAAUCGACAAGGCUACGAAAAUAUUGAAAAUUACUCGUGGGAAUUUUAUCGAAUGCGUUUUGUUGCAUUGUAAACGAUCAAGAUCAAUGACUCGCGUGCCCAGCGUUGUUGCAGCGCCUCGUCAAGUUAGAUUUGCAUCGGGCAAAGGAGAAAUCCGAGUGUGUGAAAAAUGCAACUGGUCAGGUUGCUGUUCCUGAAGUGCUUCUCGUCCUCGUGAAAAAAAUCGUGAAAUCUGUGAAAUUGUUAUUUGGGCUAGACCCCGCGGCUCGAAGCGAGCAACCGGACGGUUGGCCGGGCGUGCGAAACGAUCUAGGUGUGCGGAGCGGACGGUGUUGUGUGAGUAGAAAUCAAUUUUCCGGAAGAGUGAAAAUCCACCGCGGCCCGUGAGUGUUGCUUCCAGCGAGCAAUUAGUGCUGCAGAAAUUACCGGUUAAGUGCACCUGCUUUCCGGAAAGUCAUGUACUCAGGUGGUGGUGGUGGCAACGACGGCGGCGGUCCCGGCGACUGGGACGAUGAGUUCGGCAGCGGCUCCGGCGCUAGCGGCCUCUACUUUGACUUGGAAGGAUCCGCCAGCCAGGGCGAAUCGAUCCACAGCGCGGCUCGGAGGAUCAUGUUGCGCGGCCGGAAGGAGGCCAGCUCGUACAUAAGCGCCGAAUGCUCCCGGGGAGGUCCUACCCCCGAGCUGGAUGCAGUCAUGGACUACCUCUUCGAUCCCGAACAGCCGAUCGACAACUCCAACUCCAUCGAGUGGGUUCGCUGGCUGAUUUCUGGCGGACGAACACCUGAUGAUUUCGCAUCCAUUGUUCGAAGUUAUGACAAUCAUGCUAAAUGUGGCUUAGUUUGGGUGCCACAUGUCGUCGCUUACCGAUGUCGCACAUGCGGGAUAUCACCGUGCAUGUCAAUAUGCCGUGAUUGUUUCAAAAAAGGCGAUCACACCAAUCACGAUUUCAAUAUGUUUUUGUCGCAAGCGGGCGGAGCCUGUGACUGCGGUGAUACAUCUGUAAUGAAAUCAGAAGGAUUCUGUAGCGAUCAUGGGAUCAAUAAUCGUGCAAACAAAGAUCCAGUUCCUGGCAAUUUAUUAGCCGUUGCCGAAGCAAUUAUGCCUAAAUUAUUGUUUAGACUUUUACAUCAUUUUCGGGAAUACAGCCAUCCACCCAUACAGAGUCAUUUACAUAGCAUGGCGGUUUAUAAGUGCGAAGAAUUUGGGAAUAUGUUAAUGGACUUGAAUAACAUGGGAGAGCUGAUGCGGAGGGUUAUGACCAAAGCGCUCAUAAAUCCAGACUUGUAUCGUCGAUUCAUAGAACAGCCAUUCCCAGAUACGAAACAUGGACGAUUCCUAAGGUCUAGUAAGCAGAAAUAUGAGGAUGCAGUAAACAUGUUUCCGAGCCCCGAACCGCCUGAUGAAUAUAAACACUUACCAGCCUUAGGAGAAACCUUACAUCAUUCUACCCUUCUAGAGGAAUUUAUAUUUUGGACAUUUAAAUUUGAAUUCCCACAGAAUUUGGUAUGCUUUUUACUUAACAUGCUCCCAGACCAAGACUACAAGGAACAUUUGACUCGGACGUUUGUUAUGCACUACAGCCGUAUACCAAGCGUCUUAGAAAUGUCGAAAGACCCAGAUACAUUGAGCAAUCGCGUAGUUCACAUGAGCGUACAAUUAUUCUCAAAUGAAAGCCUGGCUCUUAAAAUGGUAGAGGAGCUCAGUUUGCUACAUGUUAUGAUAAUCAGUUUGAAGUUGAUGAUGUCCAAGAUUUUGAUACAGAAUACACUGCAUGUUCCCGAGAAAAAUUUCCACUAUGUUAUAGAUUGCGCAAAACGGGUAAUGAAAGAACAUUGCUACUGGCCACUGGUUUCCGAUUUCAAUAAUGUCCUGUCGCAUGAAUCGGUUGCAUUGGUUUUCCUUCGUGAUGACAAUCUAAUCGAUAUGUGGUUUCAAUUCCUUUCAAUGUUGCAAGGAAUGAAUGUAAAUAUUCGGGAGACGGGUGGACAUGUAGAAUUCGAGCCGAGUUCAUAUUAUGCAGCAUUUUCGUGUGAAUUGGAGGCGAGUGCAUAUCCAAUGUGGUCGAUUAUAUCACAUCUAAAGGAUGGCACCCAUGCGGAGUUGGCAAAGAAAAUUCUAACAUUCUGUGUGAAUUCACUACAAGAGUGGCUAGAUGCCAUUUACUUUUGUGAACCGAAAUUGGAGAAGAGAGAAAUGAUGCAUGCUUCCUUCCAUUUUCCACUUCAUCGAUAUUUGGCUGCGUUUACGUGUCAAGCAGUUACAACGAUGGGGAUGACAUUAGGCGAUAUUUUGCCAUCGCCGGAUCUAUUGACGCUGUUGAUGAUACAUCCAUUAAGAGUUCAGAGUUUCUUCUACGAAAUACUCGCCGGCAUUUGGGUUCGCAACGGUCUACAAAUAAAAGGUCAAGCCAUGACAUACAUCCAAGCAAACUUCUGCAAUUCAAUGGUCGAUAUGGAUUUAUUUUUUCUUCAAAUCUGCGCCACUCAACUACGACCUCAUACAUUUCUAACAACAACAAUUGACUUAUUCGGAGUAUCGGAUUGGCUGGGAAUGGCACCACUAACAUCACCACAAGAAUUAGAGCAGGAUUCCAUGUUGGAAGGAUUUUUAACAUUUCUAGCAACGCUAGUAACUUCACGAACUAAUUUGGGUAACGAUGAAGCAACGCAGUGCAUAAUAGAGAUCAGUGCCCUUCUUGCUACGGAGAAUAAAACGCAUAGUCAACUUUUAGAACUAAUGCCUGAACGUUCCGGAAACGUGCAUACGAAAAAUUUUGAAAAGUUCUUGAAGCAGUUGUCAGUGUAUCGUGCACCCACGUCUGGGUCUGAAAAUUUGGAGCAAGGGUUGUUUACGCCAAUAGACGAUGUUUGGGAGAAGUACUAUGAUCCACUGCACGUCCUGUUGCGGGCUGUUCAUCGACGAGAUUUCCAAAGCUCAAUGGAUCGAUUUGCUGAAUAUGUAAAAUCACAGAAUAGAAUGCCGAAAAGUGGAAACCUCUGGCCUCCAUUCCGAUUGCCGCGACCAGUCGGCAAGGCAUUUAGUGAUCCUUGCUGCAUAUUAAAUUCACGCGUCUUCCAUGCAACCGCAUUAGCAAUUUUCCAUAGAGCGGUCCACUCUCACAAUGUGUCGGAACAUCUGCUGGCGCUUACUGUAUUUCUCCUGGAAAUAGCUGUCGAUAUGAACAGGAAAAAUUCAAGUGAUGCUAUCGUAGAGUGCGACAGGGCAGGGAACUAUUAUCGAAGGUCUAGUAGGGAAGUUCCUGAACUUCUUAACUGCUACCCCACUGAUUCUCUCCUGGAGAAUCUCAAAUAUGUAGUUUCUAAAGUUUCAUUGAAUCCACAAGAGCCACACGUUUCACCAGCAAAUUAUAACACAGCAACGUUCGAUAGCGAUUUUGAAUGGGAUGUGUCGGAGAGUGAAACUCUUCCAAUGUUAAUUGAUGCAGGUCCUAAUGCAGGAGGUGAUCAUCAAAUCGUCCCAAGUGGAAUGGAAGUUGCACUGCCACAAGACUUGUCAGUGGUACGAGAAGAUGCCUUAGUGAUACGUAGUAAUAGUCAGGAUGAAAUCAGUGAAAGAGGUUCGCCGAUCAUUUCAACGCUUGCGCUUCCUCCUAUAACCUUACCAGAAAGUGGAAUGGAAGUUGCUAUCCGAAGAGAUUUAGGUUUGACUAAUCCUGAUGGUAAUCGUGGCAACUCAUCCUACAGGACAACGCAACAACGACAAAAUGAAAUGUUUUCGCCAACAAACAAUAUCAAUAUAAAUGGAAUGCUGUUACCAUUCCAACGGGUUCAACCAGUAGCAGUACCAAGUCGAAAUUUGGAUGUAGUGCCUUCAAAUAUGCUUGGAUCAAGGAGAGCUUUUGGAAGUAGAAGUGGAGGUCUUGGAAGUGGUAACAGUCGUAAGCGUACAGUAGAUAGUGCUGCAAUUGGCCUAGACACUGAUACAAUCAUAAUAGAAGAAAGUAUUUUAUCAUUACUACUGAAACUCCAUUCACAAUUGAGUGGAACACUUGACAGUUUUUCACUCGAUGAUGAACAUCAAGACAACGAAUCAACUUCAGAAGAUAGCCCUAUGCAGAAUACGGGUGAUUUAUUGUUUGAAGCUGGGCCAUCUUCUAUGUACUAUUCUAGUCAGUCUCAUUCAAGAACACGACAUAAUAUUCGUGUGACAGAUUCACGUAUUGGUGAUGGACCUUUCUUUAUCGGAAAUCUCUUGAAGAAAAUUGCCAGACAAAGUGAAGUAUGUGCACAAAGCAUCGAGGAGAUUCGCCGUAAUCUAUGGCCAGACCAAAGAGAAAAACAAGCCGAACAGAAGGCUCGAGAGGCUAAAGAAAAGGAGGAGCGAAGUAAGCGUGCCAAGGAGCGACAGCAAAAACUCAUGCAAGACUUUGCGAAUAAACAGAAACAAUUCAUGGAGAUGGCAUCUGAAGAUAUGGAUUGUUGCGAUGACGAGGAAGAGGAUGAAUUUGAGCAACCGCGUGAAAAGGAAUACGAUUGCAUUAUCUGCAAUCGAACUAGCGCCAGUACUGAAUCCAAUCCGAUAGGCCUAGUUGUCCUAGUUGAAUCGAGCGGAGUCCUGGGCCAUCGGCGCAAAACUGGUGAACGUCUUCCACUGGCCCUUUGCAACGAAGACCAGGAAAAAUUGGAUCGUGAAAGCCGGCUAGCAACCGACUUUAAUCGUCGCACAGAACUUUUGAGUUUGAAAUUUGGCGAGGAGUCAUGGUAUUUAUCGAAUAAUAUGGCUUAUGAAACUGGUGUUCAUGUGCAGUCGUGUGGACAUCAUGUUCACUUGACAUGUUUAGAUGCCUACUUGAAUUCACUUUAUCCACAACAACGUCAGAAUUUGCAUGUUGAGCGUGGCGAAUUUUAUUGUCCUGUGUGUCGACAGCUUUCGAAUUCUGUUCUACCACUCAGUCCACAAUUAGACCGACCCACGCCGAUGAUUCGAUCAACACAAUUGCCAUUCGAGGCAAUCGCUAGUGAGCUCACGGUCCUAAUCAAAGAGAAUGAAAAGCCUCCGCAAACAUCAACGAAACUAUCCGAAGCAAUGGGUCGAGCCAUGGAGGAUAUGACCAAUAUCACACAUAGAAAGUCAAAACGAAUUCCUCCCACGUUUCGUAGUUUGUUUUUGUUUGUUACUUCAAUAGCGCGAACAAAUUUAGAAGCUGAAGUCAUACAGCGUGGUGGAUCGUUGUGUUCGAGUAAUGUUGUUCGAUAUAAACCGAAAAGAGAUUGUAUAGUUCCAUUGCUUCAUGUGUUAUCUGUUCACGUGCGAGUUUUAGUUGAAUGGCCACUGUGGCGGUCGUGGGCAUCCUUGGCCGGACUUCCAGUUACGGACUCAGCUCCUGUACCAUCACACUGCAGAGAACUCAUACCUAGUCUGUUAUCUGAUCCGAUUGCACUAUUAUUAAAAUUUAUUUUGCUAGCACCGUUGCAUUUAGAUCAAGUGUAUUUCACUUGCAUAGUCAAAGUAAUGUACAAUUUACUUUACUAUCAGAUCGUAGUCCAACUAUGCACUACAUUGACUGACUUAGAAUGUGAUGAAAUUCUAUCGAAAUAUUUGAAUCUUCCCGACGUACCGAUAAAUGGUGUUUCAAAUUUAGGGUCUGCCAUGGCCUACGUUUUAAUCAAUAUGAAUAAAUGCCAACAUUUACGUCGUGAAUGUGUUCAUAUGGAACACGGACCCAGCUCGGUUAAUAUGAAAUCAAUGGAACAACAACUACAACGAUUAUGCUUACCAUACUUACGAGUUGCAGCGCUCCUUAGACAUCAUCUGUACAGACAAGAUCUUCCAGAUAUUUCUACAUCGCAACUAGAAUUCGUUCGAUUAGUAUAUUAUCUAGAACUAGUGACUGAAAGUAUGGAUUGGGAUUCAUUCAAUGCAUCGAAGGCACUGUGCUUUAUACCAGGCACAGAGAGGAGUGUACCGAAUUUCUGGUGCAAACAAUUGAUGGGUGUGAGACCGCCAACCGAUACAAUUCGGGAACUCGUUAUGAAUCAACAUGUUGCAUGGCAGCAACCUAAACUUUUGGGAUUGCCCAAAGAGUACGAGCGAUUAUUCACGUUCUACCACGAACGGCCUUGCAUAAAUUGUAUGAAAGUCCCUAAGGAAAGUUCGAUUUGCCUCCUAUGCGGAACAAUUGUUUGCUUGAAGCAAAAUUGUUGUGUCGAGAACGAGUGUUGCGAAGCAGUCAGGCAUACGAUAACUUGUGGGGGCGGAAUCGGUAUAUUCCUUGUGGUAACGUCAACUUACAUAAUUGUUAUACGUGGCCGCCGUGCCUGUCUCUGGGGCUCACUUUACUUAGAUGAUUUCGACGAAGAGGAUCGUGACUUGAAACGGGGUAAACCAUUGUAUCUCAGUGAGGAUCGCUUCAACUUAUUAGAAUCUCAAUGGCUCUCACAUCGGUUCGCGCAUACGAAGCACACAUGGGUAUUUCAUCGUGAUUUAUUGUAGACUAUUUACUAAUUAUUCGAAGUUAGCAAAACGUUUUUCGAUUGAUACAUAUUGAAGUGAAUCAAAAAUAGACGAAUGAAACAAA